GUGUAAACAUUCUCAAGGUACAGGAGGUCAUAUAAUCAAGGAGUCCCCAAAUCACAGGGGGUACCCGUACGGGUCCUUGGCCUGUUAGGAACCACGCAGCACAGCAGGAAGAAUCUGCCAGCAUCUCUCAUAAAGAAACACCAAAAAAGACUGUUAAUAUGGAAUCAACUGAAGUAUUCACCGACAAAACUGAGCUGACUGAAGAAGCAAAGAAUUACCAAAACCAUCUGAAAAAAAUCAACCAAUAUUAUCAGUUUGCCUUGCCCCAAUAUGUAAAAUAUCAAUAUCGCAAAAUUGUGGAACCAUGGAAAAACAUGAAGACAAAUGCUUACCAAGUUAUCCCUGCUCUGGGAUUUUUAAGAUUCUUGAAUUCACUGCUUCUACUUUACUUUGGAAACAAUUUCUCCUUCUACCUCAUAGACUGUAUUGACUCUAUCAAGCAGAAACACAGACAGUUAUUAAAAAUCAUAUUAUGUGCCAUGAAUUAUCUUAAGCAUGAGAAAAUGUUUGCCUGGAAAAUCUACCUUUCACAGUUCUCUACCAUAUUACUUCAUACUACCAGCAUGUUUGGACAGGCUUAUUGUGAAAACAGGAAUACUGAGUCAAAGAAGACUGCAGAAAUGCUGGAUUGGGCUUCCUAUGGCUGUGAAGUGCCAUUGCUGGAGGAUUACAAUGACUAUCAUCACCCACUUCAUCCAUCUCUGAAUAUUCCUUAUGGCAUACGGAAUUUGCCACCUCCUCUUUACUAUCCCCCAGUGAAUACAGUCCCCAGUUACCCUGGGAAUACUUACACUGACACCCGGUUACCUCCGUAUCCCUGGAUUCUAACUGCUCCUGGAUUCCGCUAUGUCUAUCACAUCCCUGGUUUUCCCUUAGCUACUCGGUUGAAUGUUCCUCCGCUCCCUCCUAGGGAUUUCCCCUUUGUCCCUCCUUCAAGGAUUUUUUCAGCACCUGCAGCACCCGCUUACCCACCUAUUGCAGCUAAGCCUGCUGCAGCUGCACCUCCUACAGCCACACCUGUAGCAGCUGAUCCUGCUGCAGAGGCCCCUGUUGCAGCUGAGCCUGCUGCAGAGGCACUUAUUGGAGCUGAGCCCGCUGCAGAGGCACCUGUUGCAGCUGAGACUGCUGCAGAGGCACCUGUUGGAGCCGAGCCUGCUGCAGAGGCACCUGUUGGAGCCGAGACUGCUGCAGAGGCACCUGUUGGAGCCGAGCCUGCUGCAGAGGCACCUGUUGCAGCCGAGACUGCUGCAGAGGCACCUGUUGGAGCGGAGCCUGCUGCAGAGGCACCUGUUGCAGCCGAGACUGCUGCAGAGGCACCUGUUGCAGCCGAGACUGCUGCAGAGGCACCUGUUGGAGCUGAGCCCGCUGCAGAUUCACCUUCACCAGCUGAGCCUGCUACAGCCAAGCCUGCUGCCCCAGAACCUCACCCUUCUCCCUCUCUUCACCAGGCAAAUCAGUGAAAUUCUCUAGAAGAGUACCAUGGGUUCAUUUCUAUACUGAUGCAGAAAUCAGUGAAAUCUACAAAAAUUUUCUUUCUUUUCCAAAGACUAUUUCAUUCUGUUGUAUUCAGAGUAUUCAUCUCACUACAUUGAUUUGUUUGUGUUGGUUUUUCCUUGGACUUAAUUUAUAUUGAAAUAAUAUUGAUAAUUCAAUAAAUAAAAUAGAUAAUUUAGACUAAUGGUGAUAAGGUCUGAAUGAAAACUACUCUAGGGAGGACUGAAAUGGCAAUCAUUCAGCCUAGUCUGGAGUCCAAUUAUACAACUACUAUAGGAUGAUGUUAGUAUUGGUUUUGAAUGUAAUAGGUUUUUUUCCUGAACAAGCAUAUUUUGUAGUCAAGGAUGAUUUUGUCACAAAACAGUAAAGCAUCUGUGUUUAACCUAUGGUAAACAACAUGUUAAUGAACUAUGCUAUCCAUGACUUAAUGGGCAGUUCAAAUGCGACAUUUACAGUUUUUCAUCUCUUUUAUGCCAGCACACAAUCAAUUCAUCACCAAUUGUCGUUUGAUCUACUUCACAAAAUAUACCCCCAAAUCCUAAUACUUCUAACCUGCUCCACUGCAUCUAGCCAACUCUAGCUAUUGUUAUUCCUAACAGAAAUGGAGAAAGAGCCUCCUUUUUUUUUUUUUUUUUUUUUUUUGCGAAGUCUCACACUGUCGCCCAGCUGGAGUGCAGGGGCGCCAACUCCGCUCACUGCAACCUCCAUCUCCC